CACACACACAUGAAAUUUUCAUCCUUUUCUCUUUCUGUUUCAUCACCUUCCUUCUUUAUCCCUUCCAUAUAACGUUUUAUAUUUACUCUUAAGGUUUCAUUCGUAAAGGAAAACAAUGAAACCUGAUGAACAAUGGCUUUUCCUAGUGUUUACCGUUUUCUCUUUAGCUUUCUUCUCGAUUGUGGACUCAGAUCUCGCCUCCGACAGGGUGGCUUUAGUCGCUCUACGUUCAGCCGUAGGCGGCCGUUCGCUUCUCUGGAACCUUUCUGGCUCUCCAUGCAAUUGGGUUGGAGUGUUUUGUACUCAAGACCGAGUCACUGAGUUGCGUCUUCCCGGUAUGGGGCUAUCCGGGCAGCUCCCCGUCGCCAUUGGGAACCUGUCUCAGCUUCAGAGUUUGUCUCUUCGUUACAACGCCUUGCACGGGUCGGUCCCGGCUGAUCUUGCUCAGCUUUCGAAUCUUCGCAACUUGUACUUGCAAGGGAACAUGUUUUCCGGUGAAAUUCCGGAGUUCUUGUUCACUUUACAGAACUUGAUUCGGUUGAAUUUAGCGGAUAAUAAUUUCACUGGUACGAUCUCUCCCAAUUUUAAUAACUUGACGAGAUUAAGGACUCUUUAUUUGGAGGAUAAUAACUUAACUGGGUCAAUCCCGGAACUGGAUUUGCCUCCUCUUCAACAAUUCAAUGUUUCGAAUAAUAACUUAAAUGGGUCGAUCCCAAAACGGUUUGCAAAAAUGGAUAUAAGUGCGUUUCAGGGAAAUACACUUUGUGGGAAACCGUUGGUGUCUUGUAAUGGUACUGAGAGUGAUAAUGGAUUGUCCGGUGGAGCGAUUGCUGGGAUUGUUAUUGGAUCGGUGAUUGGAUUUUUGAUAAUUUUAGCUUUAUUGAUAUGUUUGUGUAGAAGAAAGAAGAGUGAUAAUAAGACAACAAGUUCAAAAGAUAUAGCACCAGCUAGUGCAACGGUAAAGCAAACUGAGAUUGAAAUUCCCCGGGAAAAGACAUCAGUGAGUAGUGAGAAUACGAGUACUGAUUUGUCUGGGGCCGUGAAGGCCGAGGCGAAGAGUAGCGGGGAUAAGAAUUUGGUGUUCUUUGGGAAGGGGGCGAAGGUUUUUGAUUUGGAGGAUUUGUUGCGGGCAUCAGCUGAGGUGUUGGGGAAAGGCACAUUUGGGACAGCUUAUAAGGCCACUUUGGAAAUGGGGCUGGUGGUUGCUGUGAAGAGAUUGAAGGAUGUGACGGUGACGGAGAAGGAAUUUCGCGAGAAGAUGGAGGUGGUGGGGGCAAUGGAUCAUGAGAAUUUGGUUCCAUUAAGGGCCUAUUACUUUAGCAGGGAUGAAAAGCUUCUUGUGUAUGAUUACUUGCCUGUGGGAAGCUUAUCUGCACUUUUACAUGGAAACAGAGGUGGUGGUAGGACUCCAUUGAAUUGGGAAACCAGGUCCAACAUUGCCCUUGGAGCUGCUCGAGCUAUUUCGUACAUCCAUACUCAUGGUCCAGCGAUCUCCCAUGGAAAUAUCAAGUCAUCUAAUAUCCUCUUAUCUAAAUCCUACGAAGCCCGUGUCUCUGACUUUGGGCUUGCUCAUCUUGCAAGCCCCUCCUCUACUCCCAACCGAAUUGAUGGCUAUCGUGCUCCAGAGGUGACUGAUGCUCGCAAGGUAUCCCAAAAAGCAGAUGUCUACAGCUUUGGUGUAUUGCUACUGGAAUUGCUUACUGGGAAGGCACCUACCCAAGCCCUCUUGAACGAGGAAGGAGUGGACCUCCCGAGAUGGGUUCAAUCUAUUGUUAAAGAGGAGUGGACUUCUGAGGUGUUUGAUCUCGAGCUUCUCAGGUACCAGAAUGUGGAGGAGGAUAUGGUUCAGCUUUUACAGCUUGCCAUUAAUUGCACCGUUCAAUAUCCAGAUAAACGUCCUUCAAUGACCGAGGUGACAGGCCAGAUUGAGGAGAUAUGCCAUUCUAGCUUGCAACCCGAGCCAGACUCAGACCGUGGUUUAAUCCAUGAUUUGGAAGAUGGGUCGUCCCAGCAGGCUUACUCACUGGAUUCUGGUGCACCGCCACCUUCAGUAAAGGACGUCUGAAGAAGAUGAGCAGAAUCUUUCUUUGUUGGCCCCAUUUUUAUUAUUCAUAGUCUAGUGCAUUAAUUGUUUUUUAAUUCUUGGUUCAUCCUCUUCAAACUGAUGAACCUUUUGUUUUUUUUCUUUUUUUUUUCCCCCUUAUUCUUUGUCAUAGCGGCAUUUUUCUUUUACCUAGCCAGUAAUUACUUCCGAUUUGUAUGCGCUAGGGGGACUC